AUGGUUGCGUUUGGGCAGCUGGACGUUUCGAACAACUCGGUACUACGCCUGAAGGUGCUGAGGCCGGAUGGAAAAGGGUACUUCCUAACUAUUCGAAGGGACUACGUGACCAUUCUGUAUUACCUAAAGUAUAUGAAGGACAUCCCCUUCAAAUAUACAGAAGUAGUGGACGUGUUUAACCACCAAAAGUUUAAAAAAUACUCAGAGAGGGAAAUUAAGGAAUACACAUACACAUGUAACGUGCGGAGGAUAGAAGAAAUAAACAGCCCAGAUGGAGAUUUCCCACCGCAUUUUCUUGAAUACAUAAAGGGAGAAGCAUGUUCAUGCCAAUCGUAUAACUUGUUUAGGGAUAACAAAGAUAUAAAGAGGUCAAAAUUAAAGUGCAUUUAUUUUAAUAUGCUAUUCUCCGAAUCGGCCACCGUUUACAGUAGGCACUGUGCCAUCAUGGAUUUCUCCUCCUAUGCUGUAUAUGACAUAGAUUACCCCCCACUAUUUAAUACCCAAGUGGAUAUAACUGUGCAGGAAUAUUCCUAUGAUGACGUCAGUAGCGUUUUAAAUAAAACGUAUGAUUUAGUUACAAAGGAGAAGAAAUACGAAUUGAAUGAUUCCAUAACGGAAAUUAGAGACGAUUAUUUUGACUUGUGGUUGCUUCUAAGGAGUGAAUUCCAUGGGAAAAACACUUUAGUCAAUUUGUCCAAUGAUUAUAUUCUCAUUCCUUCUGCUCCGGUGCACGAUAUAGACGUUUUAGCGAGUGACGUUACUAGGAAUUGUGGCCUACAAGAGAAUUCCCCCCUUCUGAAAGGAUGCGAUUAUCAUGGAGUAUGCAAUGAAAUUCACCCCUGCUUGAGAAAAGCUCUCAUGAUGCCAAAGUACCUCUUCGACUUGAGCGGCAAAACAUGUGACAAAUUUGGGGUGUCUCUUACCAAAUGGAGAGCAGCUAAUGGGAACUUCUGUGCCGCUCCCCCUGGACACUGCAUUUCUGUAAACCUUCAGAGAUAUUACGAUGCGCAUAAAGCAGCUAUGGAUUCAGAUGGGGCUUCAAAAUAUAAAAUUAAAAAUGUAUAUGCAUCGGAACCACAGACGAGGAUAUACAAACCAUCCACUUUGCCUGACCAUUUGAAAGAUAAAAUUAACAAUAAUCAUAAAAAAAUCGAUGCCAACGAUUUAGAUAAUAAAGUAUUUUACAAUCCAAAGACAGCUGCACACACGCAAUUCAUUGAGUAUAAAUUUAAUGGAAAUCAUUCUGUUGAGAUUAAGUUCGAAACGAAUGCGUUGGAGGUGUACGAAAUUAGGCCUGUUUCGACUGCCACCAUUACGCAUAUUACUACUCCCAAAAAUUGUUCUUCUAAUCAGUCGGAGUCAAAAGAUUGCGUUCUAAUUGUGCAUACCUGGAAUAACAGCGCCAAUGUGGGCUCAAACUUCUCUUGCCAUGUGAUUUGCACAGAUAAGGAGACGGGGAAAAUUGCUACUCACAUUGGGCCCAUCAGCCCUGUGAACGCGUUCAUUGAUGCUAACAAGAAUUACGCCUUUUAUUUUAUUAUCAAAUUUUUAAUAAACAAAGAAAUAAAAACCAUGUGUAAGGCAGUUCUUCGCGAUUCGAAUGGGAAGGAGUGUUCCAAGGAGGAUUUCCUAUUAACAUCAAAGGAGACUGUGCACGUGGUAGAUAUAGCACUACCAGAAAUGACAGUCGAAACAAGUGUAACCAAAUAUGACAGCGAACCGGAAGCUUCCCAAAAUGAUGAUAGCGAUACGUGCAAGUGUACUUUUGAAAUUUUUUGCUACCUAUUUAAUAUGAAAAAAUGUGUUAAUUAUUACACAAAACGGAUCAAAAAUGUCAUCAAAAAAUUUGCCAUAAUUGCCAUUUUGGUCAUCCUCGCACCUGCCUUAAUUCCGCUGUUGCCUUUUUUUAUCAAAUUCUUCUUCGUGUGUCUGUCCCUGGCCCUUAGAAUAUACCACUCCCUUUUAGUCGCCUUGCAAAGCAUCAACUUGGCGGGUAUCAAGGAGCGCCUACACAUCCGCGGGAAGAGAAGCAAAUGCAAAAAGGGGACAACAGGGGCAACGGGGGCCGCCUCGUCAUCCUCCUCUUCCCUAAUUGAAACGAGCAGUGUUUCUUCCAUGUCUCAAAAAGGCGGCACCAGAAAUGGCUCCUUCCGUGUGAAGAAGUCAGCAAAAAGUGAGGCGCUUAAACAAACGAGGAGAAAAAAAAAAAAAAAAAAAUCUGGCAGAAUGGGUAACAAGACCAUGACGGGUGCACACUCGCGUAACGAUUAUAGCCAACAUGGUGGCUCCUCUUCAGAGGGAACUGCAAUAUAUUCAUCGCAAUCUGCUAGUUCAAUAGACUUAAGCCAAUCGGACAGAUCUUCUAAUAAGGGCACGCGAGCGCCCUCCCGCGCACAUGCAAGGGGCAGCUAUAACGUUUAA